GUAGAAACAGCUCAAGAGUCAGCCCCAGCAAGAUCCAGCCUGCAGUACUGACACGGACACCAGCAGGACACCACCGCAGCAGCAGCAUGAAUGACAACAGCAGACAGAAAUAGAAUCUUCUCCACCGUGCAAUGCCAUAAAUUGCUGCUGCCUGCCUGCCCAUCCUGGCCAGCAGCUGUGGCUCCCUCCCUUCCUAUGUUUCUCCUCAGUGCUAAUGGACGCUAGUCUUCAGCCAAGCUGCAUGUGGAGAGAGGGAGAAGGCUACUGUCGGAUGGUGUUUGAUGGUGACCCUUGUCUGUUUAAUUGUUUCUAGAUAAAUCUCCAUCUGACUGGUUGGAUGUAUGUAUGACACUCAUUCUCUAUUCAUACUAAUUGUUUUGAUGACCUCAGAGAGGGUACCUCUUCCUAUUGGGUUCUCUCUCCAUAUCUGCUCUCUGUCUAUCUGUCUCUCUCUCUCUGUAUCUCUCUCUGUCUAUCUGUGUCUCUCUCUGUCUAUCUGUCUCGCUCUCUGUGUCUCUCUCUGUCUAUCUGUCUCUCUCUCUCUCUGUGUGCAUCUCUCUGUCUGUCUGUCUCGCUCUUUGUGUAUCUCUCUUUCUCUCUGUGUAUCUUUCUUUCUCUCUGUGUAUCUCUCUUUCUCUCUGUGUAUCUUUCUUUCUCUCUGUGUAUCUUUCUUUCUCUCUGUGUAUCUUUCUUUCUCUCUGUGUAUCUCUCUUUCUCUCUGUGUAUCUUUCUUUCGCUCUGUGUAUCUCUCUUUCUCUCUGUGUAUCUUUCUUUCGCUCUGUGUAUCUCUCUUUCUCUCUGUGUAUCUUUCUUUCGCUCUGUGUAUCUCUCUUUCUCUCUGUGUAUCUUUCUUUCGCUCUGUGUAUCUCUAUUUCUCUCUGUGUAUCUUUCUUUCGCUCCGUGUGUCUCUAUUUCUCUCUGUGUAUCUUUCUUUCUCUAUGUGUAUCUCUCUUUCUCUCUGUGUAUCUUUCUUUCUCUCUGUGUAUCUCUUUCGUUCUCUCUAAUUUAUAAUUUUCUCUUGUCCUUCAAUUCUCUGUCACUGUCCCUCCCUCUCAUCUUUACUCUCUCCCUCUCUUUUAUUACACCUCUUUAGUUCCCUCUUUUCAUUGCCAAGAGUCCCUUGUUUGCUUUCCCGUCUCGUUAGGAGAAAUUGGAAUGUACAAAAAUCACAUAAAAGACACCAACAACAACUACAAUAAAAGCCUUCUCCCUGACCAUAAGGAGAAGCUGAUCCAGGCUAUUAAAAGAAUAAAGCAUGAGGUAGACGAGUGCUGGGAGGCAGAAAGAGAGACGUACAUAUGGUCUAUUGAUGUUGAGAGAUGUUUUGAUAAUCUGGAACGGGAGGUCCGAGCUGAGUUCCAGAACCUCCAUCGCUUCCUGGACGAAGAGGAGACCAUGGACAUGGAGCGACUGAAGAAGGAGAAAGAGAAGAGGGUGAAGCUGCUUAGGGAGAGAGAGAAGAAGAUCGCCAUGCAGGGAAGAGAUCUGGAGAGAGGCAUUGCCACGCUAAACAACAAACUGGCCGAGGAGGAUAGUCCCAAACUGCUCAAAGAGAUUCAAGACCUCUUGAAAAGGUCCCAGGUGGCUUUCAUACCCCCUCCGCAGGUGGAUGUGGAGGUGCGAUCAGCACACUUUGUGGGGCCCAUCCAGUACAGGAUAUGGAAACACAUGAAGAGCUGCCUGUACCCAAAUAUCGCUGAAGUGACCUUUGACCCAGAGACAGCCCACCCCCUCCUCACCCUCUCCCCCAGCUGCACUUCUGUGUGGUUCGAGGAGGACAAAGUUAUCCUCAAGGCCUCGGAGGAGGAGCAGCCACCCAACCCCCGCUGCUUCCACUACUAUUACAGUGUCAUGGGCCGAGAAGGCUUCAUCACCGGACGCCAUUACUGGGAGGUGGAGGUGGGCCGCAAGACAGCGUGGCGGCUGGGUGUGGCCAGGGAGGACGUCCACAGGGGGGAGAUGGACUCCAGUGGGACCAGUAGCGGUCUCUGGACCCUAUCCCUGAAGGGAGGGGCCAUCUUGGCCUGUACAGACCCCAAACCCACCAAGGUCCCGGUGUCCAUCAGGCCCGUCCGGAUCGGAGUGUUCUUAGACUGUGAGAAGGAGGAAGUAGCGUUCUAUAACGCUGUUACCAUGACGCCACUGUACACAUUCUCCAUGGAAACGGUGUUCGUUCCACUGAUCCCCUUCUAUAACCCGUGUGACACAGAUGAUGGGAGGAACCUGGGUCCCCUAAACCUCUUCAGCCCCUCUAUAUGAGAGUACAGAGAACCAAGGAGAACCAAGGUUGUACUGGAGUAUAUUUCGUUUGGGGAUGCGGUGGAAGGAUAGAUAUAAUUUGGAAAUGGUUUGUUUUAUACAGUGUGUGUUUCAGGUAUAAUUUCAUAGCUGGCUGGAAGCAUGAUGUAAAUUUUAUCAGUAAAAAAAUCCAAUGAGUUUAUGAUAUGCAUUUACACUUACCAGGGGAGGCUGAUGUGAGGAGCUACAGGAGGACAGGCUAAUUGCAGUGGAAUGGAAUCAAUGGAAAGGAGUCAACGAGGUUUCCAUAUGUUUGAUGUGUUUGAUACUGUUCAAAUGAUUCCAUUCCACCCAAUACAAUGAGCCCAUCCUGCCACAUGCCUCCACUGACAUGUACCUAACCAGUUCUAUGGUAUAGCACUAUCAAUUCAUGUUUAUGCCAUUGCGUUCAGUUGUUUGCAUUGUGGUUUGAAUAUUUACAUUUUAUUGGCAUUAAAUACACAAAUAAAUAGGUAAAAAAAUUAACACAAAACCUUGGUCUGUGCUUAUAACACCAGAAUGUGAUAUUUUUGUCAUAUUAUCACAUAAUAGGUUAUGAAUGUAGAAAAACCACACUAAGGUAUCUAAAACAAGUCCCAAAAAUGAGCAAAGGCCAAAUGCCAAUAUCCUAGUGGGGGUAGAUACCCCGGGGCUUCAGGACUUAACAGGAGGGAUUAACUGCACAAUGAUGUUACCUUUGGCCCAUCUAUAAAUACUGUGGUCAUGCAUCCACAGCUGUGACACUUUGUCUGCAGUCCAAAUGUCACCCUAUUCCCUAUAUAGUGCACUACUUCUAACCAGGGCCCAUGGGCCCUUUAAAAAGUAGUGCACUAAAUAGGGAAUAAGGUGCCAUUUAUGACGCAUCUAUUGUGGCAUGGGUAUG